UGUCUGUCCUCUCGGGUGGAAUCUGUCAAGUCUCAAGAGAAGUCUCUGCCUGCCACACUGGUGCUGCUGGAGCCAACGUGAGCCAGCAAGUGAUGCGGAUCCCCUCGUUCCUCCCCAUCCCUGCUGCUGGUAGUGACUGGGCUGAUUGCGUGCCCUGCCAUCCUUUGGGUGACAUGCUGCUGUGGACAGCUCUGCUAUUCUUGGCUCCAGUCGCUGGGACACCUGCAGGUCUCCCGAAGGCUGUGCUGGACCUCCAGCCCCCGUGGGUCAAUGUGCUCCAGGAGGAUCCCGUGACCCUGAAGUGCCAGGGGGCCCACACCGCUGUGGCCCAUGUCACCCAGUGGUUCCAUAAUGGGAGCUCCAUCCCAACCCUGGUCCAGUCCAGUUACAGUUUUAAGGCCAGACAACAGGACAGCGGGGAGUACAGGUGCCAGACGGACCAGACCAGCCUCAGUGACCCUGUGCAUCUGGACGUGACUUCCGACUGGUUGCUGCUCCAGACCCCUCGCUGGGGGUUCCAGGAGGGGGAGCCCAUCGUGCUGAGGUGCCACAGCUGGAAGAACAGGAGUCUGUACAAGAUCACGUUCUUCCAGGACGGGAAGUCCAAGCAGUUUUCUUCUCUGAAUGCCACAUUCUUCAUCCCGGAAGCAAACCUCAGCCACAGUGGCAACUACCACUGCACGGGAAUGAUAGGGCAGAUGCUGCGCUUCUCACAGCCUGUGGCCAUCACUGUCCAAGGGUCCAGCUGGAGCGACUCCUCCGUGGUGAUGACAGUUGGGGCUGUGGUUGCCGGAACCGCUGCGGUGGCCAUCCUCGCCGCUGCCGUGGCCUGGUUCCGCCUCAGGCAAAAGCAAACUUCAGCCAAUGUCACUGAUACUGAAGAGGCUGCCAAAAUUGAGGCCGAGAAUACCAUCACCUACUCACUUCUCUUGCAUCCGGAGGAAGAGGCAGAGGCCUCCGAUUACCAGAACCACAUUUAGUCUCCGUUGUCUUGCCUGUGACCCAGGGAAGAGAAUCAGAGAGGCCAGGACGCCUGACCUGAGUUCCCCUUAGGGAGGACAAGAGGAUGCCGCAGUUCCAAAGAAGAAGAAGGAUGCUUUCAGAGUCAUCUACGUGAAUCCUGAACCUCCCUGUCCUAAAAGUCACAGACAAUGUGGUCCCAGAUGACUGACUGUCCUGGUUCCUUCUGUGUCUCUCAGCACUUCUCGCCAUUAAGACUCUUCUGCAUACAUCCACAUGGCAGAUAAAAAUUACUUUUAUUAAGAGAUCGUAGCAACAUGGGAAAUGCUUAUGUUAUAGGUUACCUAAGAAAAUUAUGUAGGUAUAUAUGAUUUCAGGAAUGUCAAAACAGACUAACAUUUGCCAACAUACUAAAAGUGAUGUUUCAGGGUGAUGGGAUUAUUGGUGAUUUUCAUCUUCUUUCUUCAUUUUUCUACAUAGACCAUAUAUUACUUUUAUAAUAAAAUACUAGAAAAAAAAGACUGUAUUGGUUGGAGUGUGGACUGACUUGU